AUGGCUGGUGCUACAUGGAAGGGUGAAGUGGUAAGGGUUCAGCAAGACAGCAGUCUACCCAUUACCAGCAGAUGCAACCGCAUUCUGGAGAUCCUGAAGCAGAAUGGCCUAUGCUACAGACAAUGCAUUGAGCCAAAGAUGAUUCUGGUGCAUGUGAAGAACAGAGGUGGGCAACUAGUGUCUGUGGCUGAUGUGCACAGCAAAGGUGCUGUGAUGGCUCAGAUUGGUUUCUCCCUGGCCAAAAUUGGAGAAUCAAUUUGUUUUGAAUUGCCAUCUGCUAUGGCAAACAAAGACCAAGUGAUAGAGACCAACAGGUCUUUGGCCCAGCUGUCCCAGAACCAGCUGUGUGAGCCACUUGGUUGUGAAAGGUUUGCCUCAGUGUCCAGCAGCCACUUGGUGACUUUCCUGAGGGCAGUGCAGGCUGGCUGCAAGACUACAGAGCCUGAGAUCAGCACUGGUGGCUACCUGUCACUGGACUCAAUGUGCCAGAAGAAGGAUGACUUGAAGGAGAUGGCCAUUACUGGAUGGGAAUGGCAGGUGAUUGAUAGCCAGGUUGGGUCUGCUUGCCCUGGACUUCCACAAUUCCUGGCCCAAGCACUGAACUCUGACCAUGCUGUUAAAACAACAGCCAAUGAGUUGGAAACUGCUUGUAACAUUGCAAGCAUCUAUGAGUUGCAGGCCACCACCUCCAAGGACCUCAAGAAGGCCCAGGAAGCAGCUAUGGCUUCUAGACCAGCCUGUGCCAAUUACAUUGCUGCCAUCACUGCCUUUGUGAAGCAGUUCACUGGUGGUGACGCGUUUCCUUUGCUGAAGCUACUCCAGUCCAUUGGCAAACAAUAUGGUGGUUCUACAGUUUGGGGCCAGGAAUUUACUGAAUUGCUGGCCUACACUGACUUCAAGUGCCCAACUACCACCUACCCUUGGAUUCGGUUGGCAAUGGCAGCCUGCCACAUGUGUGCUCCCAAGCAAUACAUUAGAGAUGGCAUCUCCAGGCUGCUGACCUCUGCAGAUUUUUCCAAGCUGAAGCAGAAAGGAGUGGCUGUGCAAUUGGCAGCUGCUGAGAAGCUUCUGAAUGAAGCUUGGGCUUUGUGUGGUCAAAGUUCACUUACCUUGGGCCAGCAAGCUCAGCCCAUGGGCCGAUACUUGACCAGGUUGGCUUUGUUCCUGGUUGGCAAAGGUUCUAAAGGCCCUGAAGGAAAGAAUUACAGGCAGUUUGAAGACAUCACAGAUCUCUUCACUCAAGAGCUGAUGAACAUGAAGGCACAUGGCUCCAUGGACUUGGCAGAGCAGUUGCCAUCCAGCAGUGCCAGUGUAGACAAAGCAGUGCAGCCAACUGCUUUGGAGGCUAAUUCAGACCCUGCCCUCAUUGCAUUGGCGCACUUCAAGAAUUUGGAAGUGGGAAAACACUACACCUUUGCCACAGAUCCUCUGAAGGUGUACAAAUUCGAAAGCAUUGGUGCCACCACAGCUGUGCUGGGUGACUUCAAUGUUGUGGUGUCCACUACUUCCCAGCUCUUUGCCAACUCCAAGUUCAACAAAAACGAUUUGGUGUUGCUUCCACUUGGCCAAGUGGUUUUACAGAAAAAGGAAAAGAUCAAGAAGAGUUCUGUUGUGCUUCAGAUGGCUGGCUGGAAAUUUGAAGAAAUUUUGGCGGUGACACAUACCAAGUGCAACUUUGAGAAGAAGAGUGGCCACUGGUGCCCAUUCUAUUGGUGCAAAGAGGCCAAAGAUGACAAGGACAAAGAUGAUGCUACCUGUGAGAAAGCCACCUUGACCAGAGCGACUGUGAAGCACCAUGAGCUGACCAUUCCUUGCCUGAAGAACAAGGUGGCCCUGCAGAUUGGAUCCCCAUUGCUGGUUGAGUUUCAAGAGGAAAGCAAGAAGAAGAAGAAGAAAUCCAGAGACUGA